GCGCAGGCGCUCUGGCUCUGCUAUGGCCGCCGCCGCCGGGAGGAACGUGGUGUUCGUGACCGGCAACGCCAAGAAGCUAGAGGAGGUCCUUCAGAUCCUCAGGGAUGCGUUUCCAUACAGACUAGUCGCAAAAAAAAUUGACUUGCCAGAAUACCAAGGGGAACCAGACGAGAUCUCCAUUCAGAAAUGCCGAGAAGCAGCAAAUCAGAUUCAGGGACCUGUUAUAGUAGAAGACACUUGUUUGUGUUUCAAUGCCUUGGGGGGCCUCCCAGGACCAUAUAUAAAAUGGUUUCUAGAGAAGUUAAAACCAGAAGGUCUGUACAAGCUGUUAGCGGGGUUUGAAGACAAGUCUGCUUAUGCUCUUUGCACCUUUUCAUUCAGCACUGGAAACCCGGAGGACCCAGUGAAGUUGUUCAAAGGCCAAACAUGUGGUCGCAUUGUUGAGCCCAGAGGCCCCAGAGACUUUGGCUGGGAUCCUUGCUUCCAGCCUGACGGUUACGACCAGACGUUGGUGCCGAAGUAAAGCCCAGAGUCAACAGAGGGCGCCCUAAUUUUCACGGACAAAGCAGGCCAAGGGAACCGCUUCUGCAAACAAAUGUAACAGCUACAGAAUGCGUGUAUCUGGGCUGUCACCAGCGGCAUCUCUAAGGCCUGGCAUUACAAUAACCAGCGAAAGGGGCAGGCUGAGCUUCUCAGCAGGCUGCUGGAACUCAGGUGCACACAGUUACCAAGCAAACCAGGGUUUAGACCAGUGGUCCCCAAUGCAGUUCCCACGGGUGCCAAGACACCCACCAGGGCAUCUGUGUGCACCCGUGUACUGUCCGGACGAGCAUCUGCCAAAAUGCCACCGAAAAGCGGCAUCAUCAAGAGGCGUCACCGCAGAAAUGUCACCGAAAACCGGUGAUUUUCAGCGUCAUUUUGGCGACAAUGCCUCUUGACGUUGCAGCUUCUUGGCAGCAUUUCAGCAGAUGUUUGUCCACUGGCCACAGUCCUCAGUGGCUCGUUGUCCAGUGCCCGCCACCCAGAAAAGGUUGGGGACCACCGGUUUAGACUCUUGGUUGGGAUUGUGGCUAUUCCUGGUUUUCUCUCCCU